CAGACCUGCCUGGCCAGCUGAACAACUUUCCUCCCGAGAGUGCUGGCCGGCAGGAGUCGAGGAAGCUGCCGCCAGAGGCUGAGCGGCAACCCGCUUGGGGACCCUGCGGUCCUUCCGAGAGAGCUCUGCGCCUCUCGGUAGAGGGUGGGGCUCCCGCGACCAGGGUCUAUGGUGGAUGGCUCUGGAGCUGCUCCUGAAGCUGUGCCAUCCCCCUACAAGUCAGAGGGUCACUGCAGAGGCUGCAGGGGCUGGGGCGAGGGAGCCCACUCUGGAGCCCCAUGUGGAACCCAAGGACACAGCCGCCCUGCUGAAAGCAAGGCGGCCCAUCCUUCGAGACCGUGACCUCGAGACAGUGGCGCUCGGCCCUCUACCUCCGACGGGGGCGGGGGCCACCCACCUCCAAGUCCCCAACUAUGACAACCUCUGCCCUCCGACGCCAGGUGAAGAACAUAGUUCACAACUACUCUGAGGCUGAGAUCAAAGUGCGUGAGGCCACCAGCAAUGACCCCUGGGGCCCACCCAGUUCGCUCAUGUCAGAGAUUGCUGAUCUGACCUUCAACACAGUGGCCUUUGCCGAGGUUAUGGGUAUGGUGUGGCGGCGGCUCAACGACAGCGGUAAGAACUGGCGACAUGUAUACAAGGCUCUGACACUGUUGGACUACCUGCUCAAGACGGGCUCGGAGCGUGUGGCCCACCAGUGCCGUGAGAACCUCUACACCAUCCAGACUCUCAAGGACUUCCAGUAUAUUGACCGGGAUGGCAAGGACCAGGGUGUCAAUGUCCGUGAGAAGGUCAAACAGGUGAUGGCCCUUCUCAGGGACGAGGAGCGCCUGCGGCAAGAGCGAACCCAUGCUCUCAAAACCAAAGAGCGAAUGGCCCUGGAAGGCAUGGGUAUUGGCAGUGGGCAGCUGGGCUUCAGCCGCAGAUCUCGAGGCUCCCCCUCUUCUUACACAUCUGCAUCUUCGUCCCCACGCUAUGCCUCAGACCUGGAGCAGGCACGGCCCCAGACUUCUGGAGAAGAAGAGCUGCAGCUGCAGCUGGCCUUGGCCAUGAGCCGCGAAGAGGCUGAAAAGCCAGUCCCCCCAGCCUCCCACAGGGACGAGGACCUACAGCUGCAGCUGGCUCUGAGCCUGAGCCGGCAAGAGCAUGAGAAGGGGGUGAGAUCCUGGAAGGGAGAUGACUCUCCAGUAGCCAAUGGCGCCGAACCUGCUGGCCAGCUUCGACGGGACAGGGAGCCUGAGAGAGAAGAGAGAAAGGAGGAGGAGAAGCUGAAAACUAGCCAGUCCUCCAUCCUAGACUUGGCUGACAUCUUCGCACCUGCCCCGGCCCUGCCUUCCACACACUGCUCUGCUGACCCAUGGGACAUCCCAGGUCUCAGGCUGAACACAGAGCCAAGUGGCUCCUCUUGGGGACCUUCUGCAGACCCCUGGUCUCCAGUUCCCUCUGGAAAUGCCCUGUCCCGAAGCCAGCCUUGGGAUUUACUCCCUACUCUUUCUUCCUCUGAGCCCUGGGGCAGGACCCCAGUGCUGCCUUCUGGACCCCCCAUCGCAGACCCCUGGGCACCAAGUUCCCCUGCCCGAAAACUCUCCAGCACUGGAGCAGACCCUUGGGGGGCCUCUGUGGAGACCUCUGACACCUCUGCUCUAGGUGGUGUCUCGCCCUUCGACCCAUUUGCCAAACCUCUAGAAUCCACAGAACCCAAGGAGAGCCAGGACAGUGCCCAGGCCCUGCCCACGGGGAAGUCCCCCAGCCCUGUGGAGCUAGACCCAUUCGGAGAUCCCAGCCCCAGUUGCAAGCAAAAUGGCAUGAAGGAGCCUGAAGCUCUUGACCUGGGUGUGCUAGGAGAGGCGCUAACGCAGCAGCCAGGAAAGGAAGCGCGCCCCUGCCGGACUCCAGAGUCCUUCCUGGGCCCCUCUGCCUCUUCUUUGGUCAACUUGGACUCACUAGUCAAGGCACCCCUGGCUGCAAGGACCCGGAAUCCCUUCCUGACAGGUCUGAGUGCUCCAUCCCCUACCAACCCGUUUGGCGUGGGCGAGCAAGGCAGGCCGACCCUGAACCAGAUGCGCACCGGCUCCCCUGCGCUGGGCCUGCCGCCCGGGGGACCCGUCGGGGCACCCUUGGGCUCUAUGACCUACAGCGCCUCCCUGCCCCUCCCGCUCAGCAGCGUGCCGGUCGGCGCGACCCUCCCCGCCUCGGUCAGUGUCUUCCCGCAAACGGGAGCCUUCGCCCCGCCGCCGGCGAGCUUGCCUCAGCCACUGCUGCCCACGUCCGGCCCGAUGGGGCCGUUGCCCCCGCAGGCUGCCACUAAUCCCUUCCUCUGAGACGCUUCGGCGCCUGCGCGCGAGGCACCGCCUCCUCGAGGGCGGAUAGUGCAGGUUGAGCACAGAUCUGUGGACCCCUGACCAUCCUGAAACUGAGUUAGGGACUGAGCGCAUCUUGGGGACGAAGACUACACCCGCUUAAUAAAGACUGGAAUCUACGUC